AUGUUAAACGAGGCACUUUUAGAUAUUUUGUUUGCUUAAUUUGAAGAAGUGAAUGAAAUGAAUUAAAGAGAUAAGAGUACAUUAGAUGUAAAUUUUGCAAUGAGAUACUUCAAAGAUAUUUUAGACUGUGAUGCAUUAAUGGGAGGAUUCAGGCCUUCAGGAUAAUAUGAUGAUACAAGUGAUGAUGAAGAGGAAGAAGAAGAAGCAAGUGAAGUAGAGUAAAAGAGGAUUGGAUAAAGAUAGAAUUUAAAGAUUAAUGAACCUAAUUUACAGAAUUUAGCAAUACCAUCAGAUAUGGAUUAAAAUCAAUUUUUGAGAAGUAAUUCAUAGUUGAGAACAUUUUUACGUCAAAUAGAAUUAAGAAAUAGUUUAUCAUCAGGACAAACCAAUAAUACUCGUUAAUCUUAAAAUGUUAAAUAUCCUGUGUAUGCAUUUUCUGAUUUUUAUUAUGCAGCAAGUGAAGAUGUUAAGAUGAUUUAUGAUAAAGUGAUAAAUGAUAUACUUUACAAAUAUAAGAAGACUAAAUCAUUUGAUAGUGAUUAUUACGACUAUCUGAUAUAGAAUUUCUCUGUUUUAUCUGAUUUAUAGAUUAGAGAACAUUUACAACAGAAUAAGGAUUCAGAGAUUAUAUUGGAUUCAUUUAAAAAAUAAAAAAGUUUAAAAAAUCUUGAAAAAAGAUUAUCUUUGUAUACAAAACUAUAAAAUGAAAGCAAAGAUAAUUAUACUAUAUUAUGCUAAGAGGAAAUUGUUGAGAAUCCUUAUGGAAUGAUUUAAAAUAUUUAGAAUCCUUUAUUAACAUCCAAAUUCUAUUAAGAAUUAAAUGAAUUAAUUAAUAAAAAACAUAAGAAAAUUAAAUUAGAGGAAGGGAUAGAUUAUAAGAAAGAAAUCUAAGAAAGAGUUAAAAAUGGAAUUUAAAUUACAAAUGAAACUAAUUAAUAUCAUGCUGAAGAGAAUGGUGAUUUUUAAUAAUAAAUUCAUAUAGAUUAAGAUCCUAAAAAAAAUUAGAUGGAGAUAGAAGCAUCAAUUAGAUAGAAAGACAGAGAAAAUUUGAAAAGAUUUUUUACAAAUAAAUUUAAAUUAUUUGAGAAUGAAUAAUAAGAAAUCUAUAACAACGAAAUUUAAUCUUAAAAGAAUUAAAGGAUACUUAAUAAAGAAUCUUUUUUGUACUAAUGCCCAUAGGAGAAUAUAAAUAUUUUAAAAUGUUAAGCAUAAACAGAUGAGCCAGGAAUGGGAUUACUAUAAAGAAUAUAGUAAUAGUUAGAAGAUGAAAAGAAGUUGAAUGAAUAAUAGAAUUAAUAAAAUUAGUAGCCAGAAGAGAGUUUUAAAUAAGUAGAAAUAGAUAAGAAGGAAUAGGAAUUUUAAAAAGCUUUGGAGAAUUAUUCUUAUUAUAAUAAGGAGAUAAUUGAAUUUUGUAUGGGAUAAAAGGAGAAUUUUUUAUCGAAAUCUUUUGAGGCUUAUAAUAGAGUAGAGAUAGAUUUGUAGAAUAGAUAGUUCUUUAGUGAAAAAUUGGAAGUUUUAUUACAUUAAAAAAAGUUUCCAGAGAAGACAGGAAUAUAACAAUUAGCAAAUAGAUUAGCUGCACCAUCAAUAGUUUCAAGAUAGAAAGACAAUAGAAGUGCUGUAUCUCAUGUUAAUAUGUUAAGUGCAGAAGAUUAGGAAGAAUCACAAGAUUUAUCGUAAUUUGAAGAUGGAAUGUAAUAAUAAUAGGAUUUUAAUUAAUAAUUUGGAAAUGAAGAUGGAGGAAAUAAAGAAUUAUUGAAUUUAAUUGAAUCUAAAAUGAAAGCAUUUUAAACAACACCUUUUUAUAAUCAUUCUUAAGUAGCAGAAUCAUUCCAAUUAAAUGAUUUCUCUUAAGUAUUGACUAAACAUGCAAGAUAUCAUAGAAAUAAUAUUGUAGACAAUUUAUAUGAAGAGAAAAGGGAAUUUUUAGGUUUAGAGAGAGAAUAAGUAAAGUAUUUUGAUCCAUGGACUACAGAAUUGGUUCCUUUAGUUAAUAUUAAAGAAUAAAAAAAAGAUAAUAGAGAAAUAUUGUUAGAAGAAUUAACUGAAAAAUAGAAUAGUCAUGAAUAUUAUAAAUAAGUUGAUAAUUUAUCAUUAUCUAAGGGAAAUUUUAUUUUGAUGGAAUAUAUUGAAUAAAGACCUCUUUUACUUAAUAAUACUGGAAUGUGUUCUAAAGUAACUAGAUAUGUGUAUCCUAGUAGAGCACUUUAAUAAUUUAAUCAGAAAAGAAUUAAAGAUGAAAGUGAUAAUUACAAUAAUUUCUAAGAAAAUAGUCUUUAAGCUAAUUAUAAAAGUUCAUUUGGUUAAGUAGGAUAAAUUUCAAAUGAAGAAAUAACUCUUUUAGAAUUUAAGAAUAUGUUAGUUGAAUAAUUAGGCAAUAUUGGUUAGAUCAGAUUUUUAGAUAAGAAUGGAACCAUACCAUUAUAAGGAUAACUUACAGAUGAACGAUUUAUUGGUGUUGCUGUUAUAGAAAAUGAACUCUAUAGAGCUCCUAUUUUUAAAUAAAAAUUACCUAUUACUGAUUUUUUAUUAGUAAGAACAAGAGUUGAUAAUUGUCAUUACAAAUAUACACUUAGACCUAUUGAUUGUAUUUAUUUAGUUGGUUAAAUUGAACCUAAAGUAGAAAUAUUUACACCUCAUUCUAGACCUUUAGGAACAUUUCUGAAGAACUGUUUAAAAACAUAUAUAAAGAAAUAAUUCAAAAUGGAUUAAGAAGUUAAAUAAGAUGAAUUAGAAUAAAUAUUCUAAAAAUAAAGUCAUACCAAUAUUAGAUCUGCUCUAAAAGAAUGUAAAGGUGUUCAAGAUUCUUAAAAUCAAAAAACUUGGAGAUAUUAAAAAGGAAGUGAAGAUAUUUAAGUACUUAAAUAUGAUAUUACAGCCAAUCAAGUUUGUUUGUAUGAAUCUAUGUUGCAUUCCUCUUAUUUAUUAUAAGAAUUUGGAUUAAGAGAACUUAAAAAUAGUGAUAAAAUGAAGAAAACUUUAUAAGAAUAUUUAUCAAGAAACCCUUAGGAUUUCAAUAGUUGGGUUAUUGCUAGAAGAAUUGAAGAUGAACUAAACAUGACUGCCUGGUCUUUAUCUUAAUCAUUUUUACAUUCAGCUAAUUAAACAGGAAGAAUGUUAUUAUAUGGAAUUGGUGAUCCUACAUCAGGACAUGGAGGGUUGAAUUAUAUUAAAAAACCGUUAAAAGCCAGAGGUGAAAAAGGUUAGAAUGCUAUUUAAGAGAAAAAGCCAUAAGUAAUGGGUACUGAUAAUGAUUUACGUAAAUUACAUGUAGAAGACAUAUAAAAUAUAUCUAGAAAAUUAGGAUUGACAGUAAAUUAUUAUUUUAAUUAUUUUAUAGACUGAAUAAAAUUUGAAGAGAUGGAGAAUGAUAAAUAAAUUAACAGCAUUUUUAUCCUAAUCUUAGAAUCCUGAUGAUAAAGAGAGUAGGGAUGCAGUAAUGUUUAGAAAGAAUUUGGAGUUAUUAAAUGAUAAGGAGAGAAAACAAUUAAAUGUGAUAGAGAAAUAUGCUAAAAAUUAGAGAUAGACAACUAAGAAGUAGAAAGAAUAAUAUUAGAAAGAAUUGGAUAAGCAAUUGGCUAAAUUAAUAUAGAAUCUAACAAUAAAAGUAUCAGGAAAGUACUUUGAAGAUUUUGAAGAGGUGAAAAAGAAGAGAACAAAGAGAGAUUUAGAUAAAGAUGAUAAGAAUAAAGAUUUAGAAUAUAAUGAUGAAGAUAUAAAACCGUAUUUAAUAGUUGAUUAAGAGAAUUAUAAGUUAAGAAUAGAGGCAUUUUAAAAGAAGGAGAAGAAGAUUUGGGUGGAGAAGAAAAAGAAGAAAGGAUUACCUUGA